CAGAUGGGAUCAGAGCAAUAUUCGGUGGGGUAGAUAUAUUCAACAAGAUCCUAAUCCGACAUCAAAGAGUCGCUUCUAAUCAAAAUCCUUACGGAAACACAGUACAGCACACCACAACGAAAUACGAAAACAUUAGUAACGAGAAGAGAGACUUCCUGGCCAUCUCGUAGUCCUCUGCAAAUUCUUGAUUCUGUAUCUGAAGAUUCUGAACAGAGACGAAUUCGAAACUAUCGUAGAGCUACCUGGAGGCUGGAGCUCUCGUCGUCCUGCAAUGGACCUCCGCGUGCUGAUUUUGCUGUCCUUUCUCUGCGUGCAGAUUAGGGCCGAGAGCAGGACUGGUUCGAUCUUAUUCCUCGAUAGCCCUAGUCAUCGGUUUAUUCUUUCUCGUUCUUCAGAUGUUGCCGUUGAGAGUGAUUCGAUGGUGCUCUCUGAUGUUGCUGCUGCCGUGUCAGUAUUGCUCGGUUUUGCACCACCACCUUCUCUUUCAGCAGAUAGUUCAUCCAAGUUGAAUGAGGUUCUUCUGCCCAAUCCAUUUGAUAGGCCUCGUGCUGUUCUAAUGCUGGAAAUCAAAGGAAUAGAAGAUUCACAGCAAUUGGUUGAUUACCUGGAUAAUGCCCAAAUUGGCAGUGUCUUUAGGAGCAAGGUUCUUAUUGAUUCAAGUAAUGCUGAUAUCCAACUUCCAGAUGAAAAUGAUGUUUCUGUAGUCUCACUGGAUGAACCCUUGGGUUUUGACUGUGAUGCAGCUUGCACUGACAAAGAACUCCAUGAUCUUGCAUCAUGGAUGGGUGGAUCAUAUCUUAGUGAUGCCUUUGAGACAUCGAAUGGGGAACUGUCUGUUCCAUUGACCACUGUAUCCUCUUUGAAACUUCAUAUGUCAAAGAAUGCAGAUAGGGAAUUUAUCAUGAGCCUUCUUUCUCUGAUCCAUAAUGUUAGAUGGGCAAUGGAGAUGCAUGAAGAUUUUUCUGGAAGUACGCAUAGUCCAGCGGAAUUAAUGACAGGUUGUUUCACUGGCAUUAAGGCAUUGCAAGAACAAUAUGGACCUGAUGGCAUCACUCAGCAAGGACUUGAGCUCUUCUUCACUACACUAAGCAAGCUAUUUAAAUCAUUACAGACAUCAUACAAAGGUCAAAUUGUUGGAGUCUUCUCCUUCGGUGGAAAAUAUGAUCCAGAGUCCAGUUCACUGUUGAAUGUGAACUUUACUUCUCAGUCUUCUUCUCGGUCGUUGAAGGAAGUGGCAGGCUCAACUAAUUCUACCACCACUUCUGAGGUGCAGCUGGUUAGAUGGAGUCUUGCUUGGAUAACAGGAAUCAUUUUCCUCAUAUCUACCUUGCUUGGGGUACACUUUCUUCUCAAUAUGCCUCUCACGAGGGAUACUCUCCUAUAUUCUAAUGUCAAGCUUGACUAGUUCAAAGCGACAUCAAUCGGCUUGUCUAAUUGUGACAAGAACAUCGGCUCUAGAGUUUGGAUUUGUAGAUACUUGUAGCCUUCAACCUAUGUGCUUUCCGGUAUUAUCUUCUAAGUGAGCAUGAUAUUUCUGUUUUGUUUGUUAUUUGUAAGAUCGUCCCUUGGUUCUGUGCUGUUGAACGGGCUGUGCUGACUGGUUCGAUAAUUCUUUAGCCUUUAGGAACUCGUAGGUGGACCAAGGAACAGGGGAUUAAUAUAUAUAGAAACAAUUCCAAGUAAUAUUAUGGGUAUUUUAUUCAUUUCAUGAUAAA